AUGGACUAUGGGCUCGAGGGGUUCGACUUGUUCACCAAUCUCGCAGAAGACAUUCCUGGCUUUGGGAGAGCUAUCGAUCCAUCUUUGACAUCAAAGAUUCUUCCGCUCUCCCAAGAGGACAUCCCACCACAAUCAUCUACGCUUGGGAGUAUUUGUUUCCUGGACGGAAACUCGGUGUCCCCUUAUUCCAACGAUCCUUCCUUCCCAUCAACCCCAGUCCUCGAUGAGUUGAUCUCACCACAAGAUAUCCAGAUAUUACACCGUAAUUAUUUUGAUGUUUUCUAUCCAGUAUUACCUAUCAUCAACAAGUCGCGGUUUGGGCGGGAAUGGGCACAGCAUCCUACAUCCCCUCGCAUCCGCGGCUUGAGUUUUUCAGUGGCUCUGAUUGGCACAACGAUUUGCCAGCGAUACGCUCAUCUACAACCGGAAUGUUACAGCAAUGCACACAAAUACGUAGAAUUGUGCGAACGAGAUGAUGGCGAGCCCUAUCUAAGCCUAAGCACAUUCCAGGCAUUAUUACUCAUCGUCCGAUAUGAGUUGACCAAGAAGCAUUUCGCCCGAGCUUGGAUGACUUUAGGCAAGGCCGUCACGCUGGCUCAAAUUCUCGAUCUGCAACACAUGGACACCGGUGCAUUUCAUCAAACCAACCUCAGACGCCAUAUAUCUUCUCCAGAAAUAGGAUUGCCGGAUAUCCAUGACCUAGCCUCCAUGGAGGAAAUGCGCAGAUCAUUUUGGGCACUGUACAUCUUCGAGACCUAUGCAAGUAUCCGAAUUGGGCGUCCAUCUCGGUUAUGCUACAAGCACGUUGAUAUUCUGUCCCGUGUCGUCGGUGACUCAGGCUUCUGGGACCGCCACUACCGACUGGUCAAGACGAUAAAUAGUGAUACAUUCAUCUUCCAACGCCAUCUGACCGCGAAAGCGGUGCGUGAAGACCCUCUUGCCUUUACAUUACACCUCAAUUUGUGUGCUACGCACAUUCAUCUUCACGAGGCGGUUAUCCGAAAAGUUGAUGAGGAAGAAUUACCAAAGCUUGUCGCAGCCGAGAGCCGUAAGUGUAGUACCGCGGCAGUAUUGAAGAUUCUUGAUGUGCUUCGCAUGAAUUGGCCUGUUCAUAUGUCAGAGCAUAGCAACUUUGCACUUCAAGCAACAUUUACUGGCUGGCCAAUUUCAAUGAGCCUAAAUGCGCUCAGUCGCAAUGUGCUAAAUGGGAUCGACACCACACCUAUCGGCGUAGUAGACUCUUUCCGCCUCUUACGUUCCGCACUUGACCUGGUAGAGGAGUCAGAUGGACACUGGCACACGGUGAGCGGGGCGGCGGUGUCUGCCCUAACAAAAUGGGAUGAGCAACAAAGCGGAAUCAGUGGAAUGGAAUAG